UAUGAGGACAAUUGAACCGUUCAUUUUUUUAAGUUGCUAUUUUAUAAUUUAUGCACUUUGCUUCUAUGAUUAAGAUUUCUAAUCAUAAAAUGUUUUGGGGGGAGUCAGUGGUUGCUACGUUCAAACUGAAUUAUGGACAUGUAAUUUUGCCACUUUUUUGUAGUCUUAAUGAAUUUUGUGUAUUCUACCUCAAAUGAGUAAUUUUCUGAGUAAUGCGUUGGUUAAAUGUAUGUUGGCAUUUCUUGUUCAGCAGGCUUAACGGCACCUUUCUGUGAAGUCUCUGAAUUACUCAGAGAUGAACUGCCCAGGUUAGACUGACCGGUUCACUGCUCACUGGCAACUUCUUACAAGGGUGUGAGAAGGAGAAUGUUCUAGAAAAAACAAACCCUCUUUCAUGGAUAUACGUUGUACCUUGUGUGGACCUAGUAUUGAUGGAAUGAAAAGUCAGAAGAAAUUUUAUUAUUGCUCUGAAGGAGCUUGCUACUGAAUCACAGAAAUCCCUUAAUAUUCAGGUUUUAAAACUGAUAAAUUCUCGUAGGACCUCAGGCACAGACGAUUGAGGAAUGUGUGGGAGCAGAUGUGGAAAAGGGAAGGAGAGAAACCACUGUUCUCAGCCGCGUGACUGUGUACUUACGUGGUGAUGCUUGGUGUAGGCCAUAGUUCAUCAAUAAAUAAGUGUUGUCAAAUAAUUUAUAACAGGUAACUGAUAGUGUGUAAUGAUGGACCAUCAAUAAUUGAUCAUCUGGAAAACAGACUGCUUUUGCUGGCUGAACGUUCAGUGUUUUAGUGUGAAGCAUAAGCAGAGUGUUUUCUACGUUAUUUUUCUACCAACAAACAACGGGAAGAUGACGGCAGCGCCUGCGCCGGGGGCCGACCGAGUACGCGUGGCGGUGCGGGUGCGGCCCUUCAGCCAGAGAGAGAAGGAUGCGGGGAGCAAGUGUGUGGUCUCCAUGCACUCCAGGAACACCACCACCAUCCGCGACCCCAGGAACCCGGAACACAGGAAGACGUUCACUUUUGACCUGGCAUACUGGUCUCACAGUGGAUUCCAGGUGGGAGAAGAUGGUGUGUUCACUUCAGCUGAUCCGAGCAGUGAGUUUGCAGGCCAGAGAGAAGUUUUCCGAGACCUGGGCAGGGGGAUUCUGGACAGUGCCUGGCAGGGCUACAACGCCACCCUCCUGGCCUACGGCCAGACCGGCUCUGGGAAGAGCUACUCCAUGGUCGGGUUUGGCGCAAACAAGGGCAUCAUUCCCAGUGUGUGUGAAGAGCUCUUUCAAGCAAUUGAGAGCCGGGAGAGAAAUCAAGAAUACCAGGUGACAUUCAGUAUGCUGGAAAUUUACAACGAACAGGUGAGAGACUUGCUGUCUGGAGCCAAGAGGCCUGGAGGACUCAGGGUCAGGGAGGACGCGGAGCUGGGCUUCUAUGUGGACGGUCUGAAGUCAGUGCCUUGCGAGAACUACGCACAGAUCGAAAGGCUGAUGGAACAAGGAACGAAAAUGAGGACCACAGCUUCCACCAACCUCAACGCCAGCAGCAGCAGGUCUCACAUGGUCAUCACCCUUCGGUUCAAGCAGGUGUUCCCGGACAGGGGCCUCACCAAACUAUCCAGCAUUAACCUGGUGGACCUGGCGGGAAGCGAAAGGCAGAAAUCUUCGGGGGCCGAAGGAGACAGACUCAGGGAAGGAUCACGAGUUAACUUAAGUUUAACCAAUUUAGGAAAUGUCAUCAGUGCCCUGGCGGACGCGGCCGUGGGGAAGAGAGUCUUGCACGUUCCCUACAGAGACUCGGUUCUCACCAAGCUGCUCCAGCCGGCGCUGGGCGGGAACAGCCGGACCACCCUGAUAGCAGCCAUAAGUCCAGCUGACAUCUGCUAUGAGGAAACUUUAUCGACAUUAAGAUAUGCUGAAAGGGCUAAAAAGGUCCGGAACAAAGCUGUGGUCAACACCGCGGCCCUGACGGCAGAGUCCAGGACGGGGAACAGCAAACUGCUGCUCGGAGAUGACAACUCCAGCAUGGCAGCUCCCGGGGGCAGGUCGCCACCCUCGCCGCCCGCCCGGGCACACACCCGUGGGCCCCCGACUCUCUACGACUUCGGCCCCUACGAGGCUCCUACUAAAUUCGAGUCGGUGCCCAGCCCGGCCCAGACCCAGCUGCGCCUAGUCACAGAGCUUUCUUCCUCCGCACCAGAGGGUGCGCGCGCUUUCUCACCCGGCGGCGCCAUCCUCACGCGUUGGCGCAGCUCGGCCGACUCCCGCCGAGAAUCUCGCGCUCCGCCCGAGAACGAGAACGAGACUUGCUGCAACCUUGCCUUCCCCAACCUGCGGCUAAGCACCUCCCUCCCCGCAGCGCUGGCCGCCCGUCCGUCCGCAGAACCCUGGCUGGGGCCCCGCGCACCGCAGUUUUCCUGGGCGCACCAGCUGGCGCAGGCGCGGGAGGAGUGGCGGCAGCACCACGUGGCCCUCGCCCAGGAGCAGCAGAUGCUGAAGACACUCCCUCACCUCCUCAAUGUCAACGAGGACCCGCAGCUCACCGGCGUCCUCAAGUACUUCAUUCAGGCCGGUUCGUGUGAUGCUGGUCGAGCUGCUUCCAAUGCCAUCACUCUUCAAGGUCUGGGAAUUUCAGAUAAACACGCUUCCUUCACGAAUUUGGAUGGUAAAGUGACAGUUGCUCCGCACGGCAAAUGCAAGGUUGUCGUUAAUGGGGUGACCAUCACAGCCAAGACGAAGCUGCAGCAUUUGGACCGCGUUAUUUUGGGAUCCAACAGUGCCUACCUCUACAUCGGGCUCCCUUCGGAGCGAGGUGGCCAGGACUUGCGCCGGUUUGAUUAUGACUUUUUCCAGCUGGAGCGAGCGGCCGCGGAGGGAGUCAGUGUGGACAAGCUCGGCACCAGGAACGGGGGUGCCGGGCCCACGGACCCCAGUGUCCUGGCUGUGUUCCAGGACUACAUCGAACUGAUGCCGCUGGUCGCAGAAGCAAAUCAAAUGAGUGAAGAGCUGAAGAAGGGACUCAAGAUGGAAUUGAAAGUGAAGAACUUGGCAUCGUCAGAUUCCAGGGGCUAUGACCUACAGAAAGAGGUCAUGGUGAAGGUGACCAACCAGAGGACUCACGAGGUGUGGGUUUGGUCAAAAGCCAAGUUUAUCAAUAGGAAGUUCCUAAUGGAGGAACUCUACCAGCGCUUCCUAGAUGGGGAAGACAGCUGCGUAGCACAGGAAGACGACCCCUUCUGGGACCCCAUGGAGGCCGUCCACCUGGGCUCAGCCCACGUCUGGCUCCAGCCGCUGGCCUACUGCAUGGAGCUGGAGGAGCAGGUGGCGUUCCUGGGCUGCGACGGGCUGGAGGAGGCACUGCUGCACAUCCACGUGAGGCCCUGCUCCCCAACAGGACGAGCAUGUGGCGAGGAGGACAUGGUCAUGGACCCUCUGGAGCUGCUGGGCGAGAGGAUGGAUUUCCAGGUCCACAUUGUGCGGUGCCUUGGCGCCACGUGGCUAGAGGAAGAUGCAGAGCGGGGCGUGCAGAUGGGGUACAGAAUUUAUGAUCUUCCACAUGCUUUAUAUACCAAGCCUAUAUGGAAAACUGAGAAUCCCCAAAUUGAAGAGUCUGUCCAAUUUACAGCCCUAAAUGCAUCUCAGGAGUUUCUGAAUUAUUUACAGACAAACGCUCUCAUUGUUGACUUAUGGGGUCUUCAAGAGGGCUGUGCUGAACUGAGCUGUUCCCGGCAGGGCCUCAUGGUCACAGGGGAAGGCCACAUCAUGGUGGACACCAAGGACAUGACUACUGUGAUGACUACAGGCCAGACACCGUCAAACCGGACGUCAGAACUGCAUCUGAAGCUGCUCGAGUUGGAACAGGAGACGGAGCUGCUCAGGAAGGUCAACAGGGCCCUCAGGGAGGAGAACCUGCGUCUGCGAGAAUCCCUGGAGAGAACGAGUUCCAGUCAGCCAGCACACGAGCCUUCUGCUGCCCUGACGGUGGCUGGGGACGCAGCGCCAUGGCCAGAGAGGGACCGAGAGAGGGACCGAGAGUGCGCCCAGCGGGCUGGCUGCGACAGAGAGUUUGCCAAAGCUCUGAAAGGGUUCUACCGGCGCAUGACUACGGCGACAGGCCAGCUCCUCAGACUGAGGCGUCAUGAGCCCCCUGAAGAUGAUCAGAUGCUCCGACCAUUUGUACAGCAACAGUCACAGAUGUUACAGGACUUCGGGGAUCUCCUUGAAUCCAGCUUGUGGACACUGAAAACUGACGUAGCUCUCAUUGUGAAGAAGAAGAGAGAGUGUCUGUUACAGAGCGAAUGA